AUGUUCACACUGUGUAUGAUAUUUCUCCUCCUUAAACAAAUGGGUAAGUCACAUUUAAUUUGAUUUUCUCUGCUUGUGUGAUGUGUACCAUAACAAAAUACAUUGGGUAUUGAUAUUACAGUCCAUUUCAAGCAAUCCACAUAGAAUAAUUGAAUUUUUUAUUAUGUGAUGGCUAAUAUAUGUGAGUAGCUAAGAAAUAAAUGUUUUUUUGUGUGUGUUAUAGAUCAUGUUCCAGCUGCAGCACAAUCCUCAGCCAUUCGUCUCACGUCAGCCAAUGUUGGAGACACAGUGACUUUGCACUGUUUCCAUGAAGGUGACAUGGCAGUAAUAUUCUCCUGGUACAAGCAACCCUUUGGAAAUAUUCCUCGGCUCAUGUCAACAUAUUUUUUUAAGUAUGACAGUGACGCUGUAUUUUACCAUGAAUUUAUGGGUAACCCUCGCUUCUCAGUGGAAAGUGACAAAGGAAAAAAUCACCUAAGGAUCUCAGACAUGGAACUCUCUGAUUCAGCCACAUACUACUGUGGGAGCACUUAUGGAAACAAGAUGGAGUUUGGAGAAGGAACCAUUCUCAUUGUAAAAGGUACAGAAAUAAUUCUUAUUUUCAGAUUGUUAAAAAUCUUAGAUUAUACAUGAAGAGUGUAGAAGAAUAGCUAAAGGAAAUUGAAUUAUUGUGACAAUCAAAUGUACAUAAAAGGUUGAUGUCUGCGCCCCUGCGGAAAUCUAAUUAGCAUCAUAAAAAUACCCAUACAAAUCCUUCAGUUUAAGCUAGAGAUAUCUGCAGUGUUUGUCAGACCAUGAGACAUCCCGAAAAUGAUGGAAAGAUGAGACUCUCAGGAACAUGAUGGUUGUUCUCCGUUUUGCUCUACAACCCCCACAAGCGUCUUGGGACUCGUCUGCAGUCGGUACAGCCGAUUUUCCAACUUCUGUCUGUAGCGUCUGAACAGUUUGGGCUACACACUAAUAUGACCCCUCUGUAGAAAGGUGAGACUAUCACAAAAACGUACGUGUCGGUUUGAUUUGCUCUAGAAUCAUCUGAAUGUCCCCUGAUACCAGUUGAAAAAAUAUGGAGACUGUUUAGUGCCAAAAUAUGGGGUUAAAUACAGGUACAAAACAAAUAAAAACAUUCCUGAUCUUUCUUAUAUCUCUCAGAUAUAGGACAGACACUUCAGAACAAACUUCCUUUUAGACUAUGUUUUGGGGGACUAUCUGUUGUUCCAUGCAGUGAAUCUGUUAUUCAAUGUGUUUGUAUGGCCUAAUAGCAGUAAUGCCAAAUACAAUUUUCCAUCAAAUAAUUGUUCAUAUAUUUUUUUUUAUACUUCAAGGGGUCUUAAAAUUCAAAAUCAAAUAGCAAAAUGAUCCUUGGUAUGACCUUCUUAAAACAAUUCCAUAUAGCUAAUAGAACCCCCCCCCCCCACCCCGACCCCCCACCCUCCCAGUUGAGCUUUUUAGAUUAUUUAGUUAAAAAAAUAAUGGGUUAAAUACAUGUACAAAAAAUAGACUCUUAUGGGUUAAGUAUUAUCAAAAUGAGAUCCUAUCAUGGUUAAAACAUUUUAGGUAGGGAUGUUUUGGAUAUUCAAAAUAUUUACUGACAUGAUACUUAUUUUCAGGUUCAGAGUCCAACAGCAAGACAGUUUGUACAGCAGUCUGUGUCUAAAUCAGUCCAGCUAGGAGACUCUGUGACUCUGAACUGUACAAUACACACUGAGACCUGUGUAGGAGAACACAGUGUCUAUUGGUUCAGACAUGGCUCAGGAGAAUCCCAUCCAGGAAUCAUUUACACCCAUGGAGACAGGGGUGAUCAGUGUGAGAACAGCUCUGAUGCUGGGUCUCCUACACAGAGCUGUGUCUACAACCUCCCCAAGAGGAACCUCAGCCUCUCUGAUGCUGGGACUUACUACUGUGCUGUGGCCUCAUGUGGGGAGAUACUGUUUGGGAACGGGACCAAGCUUGACAUUGACCGUAAGUAAUACUUCUGACAUUCUGUUUUGUUAUAAUCAAUGUUCUUUACAUUGCAGGCAAGGUAUCAUUUAGUUCUGUUUUCUAUAUCAUUCGGAUAUCUUUGUUUUUCUCUUCAUUCAGAUAUCUUUGUUUUCUAUAUCAUUCAGAUACUUUUUUUCUAUAUCCUUCAGAUAUCUUUGUAUCUUGAGAGAAGAAAGUAUGACUCUCAGAUCAGGUAGAGUCUUGUUGGUGUCUUAAACAUUGUCAAGGCUUUAUCCCUCAGUGUCUCAGUGUCUCUGUCCCUAUUUGAUAUUUCACAGAUGGUUGUAAGGAGGACCAUCUUCUGUUCACAUACUUCCUGGUUGUAGCGUUGGGUCUGUGUGUCAUCCUCAUCAUUGUCCUUACAUGUGUUUUGUACAAGAUGAGUAAGUGCACAGGUAAGCAAUAUUAUUGUCCAAGAUACAGUAUGCUUAUUAAUUGUUGGUAGAAUUACAUUAUUUUACAUGUUUUGGUCAAAAGUUGUCAUAAAGGCUCUUCAUUGUAUGAUGAUGAUGAUUAUAUUGAUUCUUAUGUUUGAUUAAAAGGAACGCACCCUCAGCCAAGUGCUCCUGCUGUCCCCAGUCAUGAUAACCAGGUAACCUGACCUAACACUUGUUUAGCUUUGCUGAAUCAAUGUAUUUUGUCCUUUGAUAAAAAUAUUAAAUAGUUUUGUUUCACCAAUACCGCAAUGUUUAUCUAGAUACCAAAUAUUGGACUUAGAUUUUUUCUAUUGCUCUCAGGUCAAGAUGUUGACACACUCAUUAUGCCGCUCUGAACGUCGUCCACCAGAAACUGAAGGCCGGAGACAGGGGAACGCCAUGGAGAGAGAUACUGUGUACUCUGGU